AUGUCGUGGGUCUUGUACUCACGAGACACUUUCUUUGCCUCAACCACAGUAAAAGCAGGGGCAGACUCAGUCUCUUCGAUGGCCGGUGACUUCAACCCUUCUCCUUUCACCCAAUACUUUGCGUCAGGCUUCACUGUCACUCCGUCGCGAAAGCCACCACCCAUGGGCAGGACCUUGGGAAGAGCAACAAUACUCAUCAAGCAAGCAUCAGUAGCAAAAUCAAGGCAGGCCUCAUCAUUGUUGGAGGUUGUAUUACAGACACCUCAAUACAAAUUAGUCGUUUAUCCCAAUCUAGUUGAUAGGGGAUAUCUAUAUCUAUUCUCUAGUUACAUACAUGGGGAGUUUAACUGA